UCCCCUGAAAUAAAAUUAAAGAAGUCAAGAGUAAUAAAUGCAGAAGGGCUUUGGAGAAUCCGAAGGACGUAGGAGAUGGUUAGAGCUAGCUAGCUGACGGCGACAUAUAUUUGCUCCUUAAAUCCUACAGGUUUUUGCCUCCAUUUUCUUCGCCUCGCUCAGACUCAGAGAGCAACAGAGCGCAAAUGAAGACCAUUCUCUCGUCGGAGACUAUGGAUAUCCCAGACGGCGUAAAAAUCAAGAUAAACGCCAAGAUCAUCGAGGUGGAGGGUCCGCACGGUAAACUCAUCCGCAACUUCAAGCACCUCAAUCUAGACUUUGAUCUCAUCACUGACGAGGCUGGCAAGAGAAAGCUGAAGAUUGAGGCCUGGUUCGGAUCCCGGAAGACCUCUGCGGCGAUCCGUACUGCUCUCAGCCACGUCGAGAACCUCAUCACCGGCGUCACCAAGGGCUAUCGGUACAAGAUGAGGUUCGUGUACGCUCACUUCCCCAUCAACGCUAGCAUCACCAACACUAACAAGUCCAUCGAGAUCCGUAAUUUUUUGGGUGAAAAGAAGGUAAGAAAAGUGGACAUGCUUGAUGGGGUGUCAAUUCUCCGUUCUGAAAAGGUCAAGGAUGAGCUAGUAUUAGAUGGGAAUGACAUUGAACUCGUAUCUCGGUCUUGUGCCUUGAUAAACCAGAAAUGUCACGUGAAGAACAAGGAUAUCCGAAAGUUUCUUGAUGGUAUCUAUGUCAGUGAGAAGGGAACCAUCUUUGAGGAGGAGUAAUUGAUGCUUGAAUAGGAUAUGUACUCUUCAAUAUGUACUCUUCAAUUAAGACAAUAUUUGCUUCA